AUGGAUCACUGUCAACAACAAUGGAUUAUUUUGUUACUUUUUAUACUGGAAACAUUUAAAGCAAAUAAGAAACAUCAGGAGAUUCAAAAAAAAAUAACUAGCUCAGCUUCAACAAAGACCAAAGACUGGAGGAUUUGGAUUGAUAUCUUUCCAAAUUUAGCUGAUAAUGAAGGUAUUCGAGUACUAGAACAAACCCUUGGAAUAAGUCAAGAAUCAGUAUGUCACUUUAUUGAUAGGUUCUUGAAAGCAUUAUUAGAUAUAAAACAAGAAAAAAUAAUGUGGUCACAAGGAUCAAAAUUAGCAACUAUAAUACGAGGGUUUGAACAUGGAAUAUCAGGUCUAGAAAAUAACUUACUGAAUGUUAUUGGAGCAAUAGAUAGAUCUCAUAUUCCAAUUCAUCCUCCUUCAAAAAAUGGUUCCCAAUUUGUAAAUUAUAAAAAUUUUCACUUUAUUAAUCUUUUUGGAGUUGUAGACUAUUUAGAACAUUUUACCUAUGUUCAUAUUGGAGAAGCAGAUUAA